AUGAAAAGAACGCGGCGGGAAACGUCGUUUAAGGAUGAUGUGAAAGGCAGUCGCCUGCUGUCGCUCCCGGACGACCUCCUUCUGCUGCUUCUCGCCCGUGCGAACCACCCCUGCGAUCGCCGCAGCGUCGCUCUCUCCUGCUCGCGCCUCCACCGCCUCUCGCGUCGCACGCCCCACUCUCUCCAGCUCGAAUUCGUCUCACCUUACAAGCAUGCGAACCCUCUUGACAUCUCUCGAACUCGAUUCCCCGUUCGCCGGUCUUCCCCUUCCGUCUUCCCCCUUUCUCCUCCCACAUUCUCUCCUUCCCUUCCUUUCAAGUUGCUCUCCAUUCUCUCCUCCCCUCCUAUCAGCCUCUUGACAUCUCUCGAGCUCCACUCUCCAUUCGCCCGUCGCCCCUUCAUCACCUUCCAAUCAAAUAACGCCCCCCUCCCUUCUUUUGAUGCCUUUUCUUCUCUCCCCCCUCCUAUCAGGCUCUUGGCAUCUCUCAAGAUCGACUCUCCAUUUGCCCGUCAUAGCCCCCACAUCAGCUCCCUUCCGCUCUUGGCAUCUCUCAAGAUCGACUCUCCAUUUACCCGUCAUAGCCCCCACAUCAGCUCCCUUCCUUUGAUGCCUUUUCUUCUCCCCCCCUCUCCUAUCAGGCUCUUGACAUCUCUCAAGCUCGACUCUCCAUUUGCCCGUCAUAGCCCCCACAUCUACCGACAUGCCACUCCCAGCCCCCUCCCUCCUUUCCACGCCUUCCCUUCUCUCCACUCCCUCUCCCUUCUCAUCCAUACCACGCCCCUCACUCGCCGCUCCUCCCUCACCUCCCUCACUCGCCGCUCCUCCCUCACUUCCCUCACUCGCUGCUCCUCCCUCACCUCCCUCACACUUUGGAACCCCUCACCCUCCACCCUCUCCUCUCUUUCCUCCUCCUCCUCCUCUAUCCGCCCCACCCUCAAAUCCCUCACUCUCCACUCCACCAAGCUCCAGUCCUGCCUCUCCUCUCUCCACCGCUUCCCCACCCUCACCUCCCUCUCCUUCCUCUCCUACUCCAUUGAUCCCUUCGACCUUCACACUCUCUCUCGCUCCCUCCACACUCUCACCCACCUUACCAUUCAUGACUGUCCCUUAGUCUCCAGCCACUCCCUCGCAGCCCUGGUUCAGGCCAACCCUGCCCUCUCCUCUCUCUCCCUCCACGCCACCUCCUACCGCCUGUUCAGCUCCCAGGGGUUCCGUUCCCUCCUCCACCUCUCCUCACCCCGCUUGACCGCACUGGACCUCUCUGGGCUGCCGUCCUUUUGCCCCAGCAUGCUUGCUCACUGCAAUGCUCUGCAGUCCCUCUCCUUGAAAGGGAAGCCGGAGACUGUUUCUGUGCAGAGGGUGAGGGAUGGUGAGAGUGGGACUGGGGAGGGAAGAGGUGGAGGAGGGAGGGAGGGAGAGGGGGAUGAGAGGGAUGGAGGAGGGAGGGAGGGGAGGGAGGGAGACGGGGAGGUGGAGGAAAGAGUGGUGCUUCAGCAGGUGUCGUUCGAGAGUCUUGUGGGUAUGCUGGUGCGCGUGGUGCGGAGGGGGGGAGAGGGAGGGGAGGGAGGAGAUGAAGGAGGGGGGGAAAGGGGUGAGGAAGGAGGGAAGGGUGGAGUGGAAGUUAGAGGGGAGGAAUCUGCGAUUUCCACCUGCAAGGCGCUGCGGGUGGCGGUAUCGGAGCAAGACGCGGCGACAGCGCGAGAGGAUGCGGUGAUAGAGGCGUUUGCUGCUGCCACGACUGCGGGCGUGUUUAUGGAGAGAGGUUUUGAGGCGUGUCAAGGGGAGGGCGAAGGGUGCGAAGGGGGACUGGCUCGGCUGGAAGACUUUGAUGGGAUGCUUUCUGAUGAAGACUCGCCUGGUGACGGUGCUGAUGGUUCUGAUGCUGCUGAUGGUGCUGAAGGGAGUGAGGGUGAGGGUGAGAGUGGGAGUGGGAGGGGUGCGGGUGGGGUUGACGCACGGGUGCAGGCUUUAAGUGUGAUGGAGUCGCUGUUGCAGCAGUUUUACGAGCAGGGGAGUGUGGCCCUGGCGAGCAUCAGAGCCAUGCGGCGGCCCCGUCGGACUGCUGACGGCCGCCUUGUGGCUGCUCGCCCUGUUGCUGGUGGCCCUCCCGUGAAUGAUGCUGCUGCUGCUACUGGUGGUGCUGAUGCUGCUGCUGCUGCUGGUGCUGCUGCUGCUGCUGCUGCUGGUGCUGCUGCUGCUGCUGGUGCUGCUGCUGCUGCUGCUGCUGCUGCUGCUGGUGCUGGUGCUGCUGCUGCUACUGCUGCUGCCAAUGGCACCUCAAAAUCAGUCGGCAACAGCAGAGCUGCACGGGUUAGCAGAAGCAUGGCAGGCAAAUCAGAUGGCAGCAGCACCACCAAAAAGGGCGUCGCUGGAAUUCCUGUGGAGGUGGUCUGCCCUCCCUUACACUCCUUAACCCUCCGGGCCUUUCACUUCACCCGCACCACUCCCGAGCCUACCUGGCUGCCUCCAUCCCUUCCCUCCGAUUCGCCUGUCAUGUGCCUCAUGGAUUCCCAAGGUUCCUCUCAUGCAUCCCCCUUGCCACUUCCCUUGUCUCCCUCCUCUUCCCGCUCUUCUGCCCGCCACUCUCCUGCUGCCGUUUCAACCAUUUCAAGCCUGAGCGUCCAGCCGCAGUCGUUUGAAUCUGUUGCACUCGCUGCUGUUUUCGGCCGGCUGAAGCGCCUCUCACUGGUGUCGUGCUUCCGACUGAAUGAGGAGCAGCUGGUGCUGCUGCUGCGUGCCUGCCCUCUGCUUGAUGCUCUAACAGUGGAACAGAAUGAGGACUUUUCGGACGGCGUGGUCGCCAGAAGCAAAUUGCAGAUGCUCACGCAUUUGACUAUGCUUACGUGUGAUGGAAUUACUGGCGAUGGGAUUGGAGGGCUGCUGGGAAACUUUCCAAAGUUGCGUGAAUUGAAGGUGGAGGCAAGCAAGGUUGGUGAAAGGGCGCGCAGGGAGUUGCUUCGUGCGGGUGUGGUUCUGAGUCAUGGGUGA